CUGAAAUAUACCCUUGAUUGGACCACGUCUUACCCCUCACUUAUUCAAAACACAGCCUCAUCAACCUCACUACUUCCUAUCGACAGCAGAAGAGAAAUCACAGUGUGUCAUGUUAUCUAUAGCAGGCCAUGAUGAAGCCUCCACCGCACUGUCGGGAUGACUUUGAAAUCGCCAUCAUCUGUGCCCUGCAGACCGAAUCCGACGCCGUCGAGGCAGUCUUGGAGGAGAGAUGGGAAUACACCUUGGGGAAAGCCCAGGCUGAUCCGAAUAGCUACAUCACCGGCCGGAUCUGCCGCCACAACGUCGUCCUCGUAUCCCUGCCCGGCAUGGGAAAAGCUCGCGCGGCGAGCGCAACUGCCAGUCUUCUCUCCAGCUUCCCUGCCGUGAAGCUGGGGCUUGUGGUGGGCGUCUGUGGAGGCGUACCAACCGAUCCGACGGAUACGACGCGUGAAGUCCUGCUGGGGGAUGCAAUCAUCAGCACGGGGAUUGUACAAUACGACUUUGGUCGCCGGCUGCCGAACAAGAUGGUGCGCAAGACAGAUGGUCCGGGGGGCCAUCUUUCGCGGCCAUCAAAGGAGAUCCAGUCUUUCCUGCGGCAGGUGAGCGGCUUGGGAGGCCGUCGCAGGCUGGAAGACCAUACGCUUCGUUACCUGACAGAGAUCAGCACAGUCAGAUAUCCCGGUCAAAGUGAAGACAGACUCUACCAUCCAACGUACCGGCAUCGACAUUACACCGGUGAGGUCUGUACCCGAUGUGCUGCCGAUGAUGGUGAAACAUGCGAGCGUGUGCAUGAGAUAUCCUGCGACGAGUCAGGAUGCGGUGAUGUGAAUCUGGUCUCGCGCCGCCGCCGAUUAACGCAGGGCACGCCUCAGAUACACUUUGGCCUCGUUGCAUCGGGAGACCUGGUGAUGAAGUCGGGGGGACAUCGAGACGAGAUCGCCAAAACAGAGCGUGCCAUCGCCUUCGAGAUGGAAGGGGCGGGAGUAUGUGACAAUGUGCCGACUGUCAUCAUCAAGGGCGUGUGUGACUAUGCAGAUAGUCAUAAAAACAAGAAGUGGCAGGCUUACGCAGCGGCAGUGGGAGCAGCAUGCAUGAAAGCAUUUCUAAGACAGUGGAUUGUGGCAGACCAGGCCUCACAGAUAGAGGAAAUCACCAGAACGUCGGGUUCCAGCAGCAGACGAGCAGACGAUCCCUGGCUCUAUAAGACGUCUCUAUUCUUGGACCCGCGUUCGGAAGAAGCGUCGCUGGUCGAGUCGUACGAUUAUGUGUACUUUGUCAUGGUCGUGGUGAUCUGGAAUCUCCAACAAAGACUAAAAACGAGACGCUUUGUGGCAUCUCUACUACUAGCAUUGCACCACCUUUGUCUCAGCCCGCUGUCUCCUCUGUCGUGGAGAUGUGUUCGGUUUGAAGACGCGCUUGGCCGGAGACAGUUAUUACCCUUUGAACUAUGCAGGAAUCUCGAGGCAUUUGACAAGUUCCUCAUCGAUAAUUUCCAAGCUCAGCCUGGCUGGCAUAGGGUCCGCCAGGGAGAAUAUCUGAUGGUCAGUGGAAGAUUUGGAGGAGCAGUCAUCACACCGCAACAGUGGCUCUACACCAUACAGCCAGGAGGCCUAUUGACGAUGGUCAUACAAGUUGAUUCCAAGAGGAAUGGUUGUCCAAGAUGUGGACAGAAGGUGCUUCAAGCUGGGAUCCCUUGUGGCGCUUGUCUUCUUCACAUCUUAAAUCCAGACACGGCUCUUGCUGCGAGACCAGUUGGCCCUCGCACCGUAGAGACUACUGCGAUAGCACAAGAAAGCGAGGUCAACGCAUUACAAUUUAAGUAUACUUACUCAAUCAAACCGGCUAGACCAAUAGUGUCUACCUCUAGGCUUAUCACUGACGGGCUCUGGCCACCGAUAAAACGCUACUGGAUGUGUUGCAGUUGCAGGGGAGUAAAUAUUACAUCUCUAUCCCCAUUCCGUUGUCAAGAAUGUACUCACGACAGAUGUGUAGUAUGUACUACCUAGGUAUCCUUAGGUAGACUAAGAGAGAGAAUUCUACAGUUCCUAAACAUUAUAUAGACUAUUAUCCUUAACAUUUUAUUUCCUUAC